UUCCUUUUUUUUUUUUUUCAUAAAGAUGCCUAGAGUUUGUAAUGCAAAUACACCAGAAGUGAUUAUUGACCAAUUAAAAGUAUUUGAAUUGAAUAAUCGAUAUAAAAGACAAAUACAUUGUAGAAGACAUACAAUAGAUGCAUGGCAUCACUGGGAUCAACCAUUAAGUCCUUGCCGUCGACUUUCCUCUGAUGCUUCAAUAAAGAAAAAAAUAGUGCAACCACCGCAUAAACGAAUUUUGGUUACAGGUGGUGCAGGAUAUAUUGGAAGUCAUACAUGUUUAGAAUUACUGAAUAAUGGAUAUGAUAUUGUAGUUAUGGAUAAUAUGAUUAAUUCACAUAAAGAGGCAUUACAUCGUGUAGAACAAUUAGCGGGAAGACCUAUUGUUUUCAUUAAUGGAGAUGCUACAAUAGAAUCAGAUUUAGAAGCUAUUUUUCAAGAAUAUAAAUUUUGGGCAGUCAUUCAUUUUGCUGCCAUCAAGGCUGUGGGAGAAUCAACAAGGAUUCCGUUAGAGUACUACCACAACAAUUUAACUGGAACGCUAAAUUUACUAAGAGUAAUGAAACGGCAUGACAUAAAAAAUUUAGUAUUCUCCUCAAGUGCUACAGUGUAUGGUGAACCAGAGAUGAUGCCAGUCAAUGAAACAGCUAAAUUAGGACCAGUGACGAAUCCAUAUGGAAGGACGAAAUUGUUUGCAGAAGAGAUUAUGAGGGAUUUAUAUACAUCUGAUCCUAAAUGGAACAUAAUUCUCUUGAGAUAUUUUAAUCCUGUAGGAGCCCAUUCAUCUGGUAUGAUUGGAGAACAUCCUCAUGGUGUACCUAACAACUUAUUACCCUAUGUGAUAAAGGUAUUGCAAGGACAUUUACCAUUUGUUCAUGUAUUUGGAAAUGAUUAUGAUACAGUGGAUGGUACAGGAGUAAGAGAUUAUAUACAUGUUUGCGAUCUCGCUACAGGUCAUGUAGCAGCCUUAAAGAAGCUUGAAGAAAAGCCUGGCUGUAAAGCAUAUAAUCUAGGAACAGGUGUUGGAUAUUCUGUGUUAGAAAUUAUUCAUAGUAUGGAAAGAGCUACACAUAAAAAAAUCCCUUACAAGAUAGAAGAAAGAAGGCCUGGUGAUGUCGCCAUUUGUACAGCAGAUGCUUCUUUAGCAAAUAAAGAGUUAGGAUGGCAUCCAACGUAUUCAAUGGAUGAUAUGUGUCGAGAUAUGUGGAAAUGGACUCAAAGAAAUCCAAACGGAUAUGAUGGGGUGUUACUACAGUCGGAAGGAAUAAAAAAAUUUCGUCGCCUAUAAAAAAAAAAAAAAAAAUAUUUAUAUUUAUUUUCAUAUCCUAACGAAUAAAGCAUUCUCUAUUUUUUUGUCUUUCUUAAUAAUUGAAUUGAUGGUGCAAAACGGAAGAAGCUUCGACUAGAAGGAAACGAUACUGAUGAGAUGCAACAUGGAA